AUGCUUUUUUCUUCUUUCAGACGGGAAAUCAACAUCAUCCGUAAGAAAAGUGCUAUUCUCUCGGGUUUGGCUGCCUUGACGUAUACUUCAAUACCAAUUCUGCUGUCUGUUAUUUCUCUGCUAUUGACUGGUCAGCCUCUUACUCCUGUCAAUGCUUUUAUGCUCCUGAUGUUCAUGAACCUGUUAAGACAAAAUUUUUGCCUUACUAUUGGGUUUCAUGUGUUAGGAACAUAUGAAGCAUUUGUGUCAUUUGGCAGAAUAGAAGAUUUUCUUAAUAUUUCAGAAGAUUUAUCGUCGAUGUUGGGAAAUCAGUGUAUGGAAGACAAAUGUGGAGCGGUAGAGGAAAAGUUAAUUAAUUUACAGAACGAUUUUACAUUUAUGGGCGGUCAGUCGAAAAAAUCAAAAGAAGAACUUGGUACCGAUCAGAGGGUAAACCCUUCCGAGCCAGGAACUCUCUAUGUGUCCAGUUUAACGUUAAAGGAAAUGAAAAGGAAAAAUGAAUUUAUUCUUCAAGAUGUGGAGUUCUUUUCUCAAUCAGGAACCUUGACAGUCGUUACCGGGCCAGUAGGCUGCGGCAAGUCAACUCUUCUCUCAGCGAUCGCUGGCGAGAUGUCAGCCAUAAGUGGGACGAUACGUCGUCAUGGAACUUUUGUGUAUGCGCCACAAGUAGCCUGGGUGUUCUCUGGAACCUUAAGGGAAAACAUUAUAUUUGGGGCGCCGUACGAUAAACCAAGGUAUACCAAAGUACUCGAGGCAUGCGCCCUCUCGGAGGACUUUCGGCAGUUUCCGAACGGUGACGAAACCGUUGUUGGUGAGCGCGGUGCCGUUCUUAGUGGUGGUCAGCGUGCAAGAGUAAAUUUAGCACGCGCAGUGUACCUGGAUACAGACCUUUACUUGCUGGAUGACCCGCUUAGUUGUGUGGACUUCAAAGUUGGUCAGCAUAUCUUUGAAGAGUGUAUCAAGGGUAUGCUUGGUGAAAAGACCCGACUGUUAACUUCUCAUCAAGAACAACACAUGAAAGAUGCUGAUCAAGUGAUUAUGCUACACAAAGGUCGCGUAUUGGGGAAGGGGACCUUCGCGGAACUUCAUGUUAAAGGCAUUUUAAAUACCACCAUCGACCCACUUUACACGAAAAUUCUGACAGAGAAUAAGUCCAACAACUCCGCAAGGGAGAAAGAAGAAAAACGCAGCGAUAAGAUGCCACUUGCUACUGAUAGCAGUGGUCUCGAAAUAUCUGUUGAAGAUCGAGCAAUCGGAACGGUGUCAAGCAAGCUCUACUGGGACUACUUCAGAAGUGGUAUCCACUCCUUCUUGGUCAUUGGAUUUAUUUUUCUGUGUCUCUUUACCCAGGGUGAGCCUUAAUUAUUGAAGCUAAACUCGUACCCAGAUCCUACCGUGUAGCUUUAACUGAAAUCACUUGGCCGUGGGAGGUGUGGGUACGAAACUAUACUGAAGUAGCUAGGACUUAGGGACCAUUCAUUUUUAUCGCCUUGAGGAGGGGGGGGGGGCGACUGAUAACCCCCCGUUCCCCCUGAAGACCAUUUGAUUUCCUCAAAAUCCUCCCCUUCCCUCUUCUUCACCCGGGCAAAAAAUGGUUACCAGUCCCUUAAACAUGACAAGUCCCCUGGUGUUGUGAAAAUUUCUUGGAAAUGAAGUAUCUAAGUAAGCAUAGGUGUUUUAAUUACUCGACAGCUAUUUCUCCCUUUUUCUAGCAUUGUUGGUUGCCCCUGAUGUUUGGUUGUCCUUUUUGACCUGGAAACUUCCAACAGAACAGAGAGACAAGACAAAUCUAACCAUUUAUGGGUUUUUCGUCGCGACCUCUUUCAUGCUCGGCAUCAUCAGAGCCUACAUUUUCUUUUUGGUCUGUCUCAGAUGCUCUGAGCGUCUUCAUGACAAAAUGGUUGUGGCUCUUUUACAAGCACCUGUUCUAUUCUUUGAUUCAAAUCCUGUGGGUAGAAUCCUGAAUCGCUUCUCUAAAGACGUGGGUUGCAUGGACGAAUUAUUACCGCCAGACUUUCUAAUUUCAAUAGAGUUGGUGUUGCUGUUUCUCUCAUCUGUUAUCGUGCCUUCUGUUACGAAUACUUGGCUGUUGUUUGUCACUAUUCCAGUGACGCUAACGGUUCUUUACUUCGCAAGAUUCUACUUGAAAAGUUCCAGGGAACUGAAAAGGUUGGAGUCAGUAUGUCGAAGCCCAGUGUUCUCUCACAUAACAGAGACUCUUGAGGGGCUGGACACGAUUCGAACAAGAGGAAGACAGUCAGACUUUAUUGAGAAGUUUUACAGGUAAGUUCGUGCAUCUUUCUUAUGUAAACUUAAAAGGUAAGCGUGCGAUUCGUUCACGUGCAAGUCAAGCCUGGUUCGUAAAGCGUGCGUGGUGUAGUGGGCCACAAUUCGCAUCUCGAACUAAAAUCUGCAGAAAAUGCUCUUUCCUUUUCCCUCUUCUCUUUAUCUUUCUCCCUCUUUUCCACUGCGUUACUCAGACUAGAGAAAGUGCUACGCGGACUAAACAUUUGAACUGUAGAGAGUAUACGUCAAUUUAUUUAAUGAAAUAUCAAAUGACUCGCACGGCCUUGCGCAAACAGUCCCAUAGAAAACCAUAGUAAGAGCUGACGGGUGCAGGGCCGAACGAAGAGGUUUGACGUGAGCCAGUCCUGAGCCAAAUUUUCAACACUCAUAUGAUAAGAUACUUAUUGACCAAGUUUGGCGACUUAGUCAAUUUGGGCAUAUUAUUUCCCUUUGGACAGCUACCAAGACACUCAUGGCCAGUCUUUUAUCAUGGUGAUGGCGAGUGGCAGAUGGUUCGGUGUCCGCCUGGAUGCGAUCAUUUCUCUGUUCAUCGGCUUAGUGAGUUUGGUGGCAGUUUUGAUAUCUCAAGAUGCUGGUAAGUGAAUUUCUAACCUACGUGCAGGCCUUCAUUUCGAGCGCUAAAGAACACGCCUUACUUCGUCCACGAAUACGUUGGAGGUGUUGAGCGAAGCCAGCCUAUAAGAGAUCUGCAUGAGGUCUUUGUCCUUAUUCUAGUGCCCAAUCCCUUGUAGACUUCUCGCUGGCUGGGUUUGCUCAUGACCUAGAAACAAGUCAAACAAUUAAUUUUCACUUUCACUUCCUCCAUAAGGGCGAAACUAAAUCAGUCUGAGUUUGAUGAAGAUUUUCCCGUAUAAAUGUGCAUAGAACACCAAUAGCAUGUCGCUGCAACAUGUUCCCGUGACAAAAUGUGUCGUAUGGAGUGGUCCAUAGUUCUACUGCUGAGGAACCGGUCCUAAUUCUUCGCAGAGGGGUGGGUAGCGAUCUGACCUCCCUCCCAUGGCUCUAUAGUUCUUUCAUUCCUCCCCCAUACAUUGGCAGUUAAUUUCUGUACUGCCUGAUACGACUUAUACUCGAUCUGUUGUCGAAGACUUGUCUUCCCUCCACUCUCCUUGAAAACCAUGUGAUACCGCCAAUAUUUUCCUCCUCCUCGCUCUCUCAAAGUGCACUGAUAUUACGAACGACGUGCUACUGACAAAGGUUAGACUUCAUUACCUCACGAACACCUUCAGUUGAGAACGACUAUCGAUAGUUUUUCGAUGACGUGAGAAAAGCUGUCAUCGAUCAUCUAUAAUCUCAUGGUUUGUUAAUUUUUCUUUUUCUUUUUUUCUUAUCAGUUUCUGCUGGACUUGCUCUUGCUUACGUCAUUCAAACAGUGGCUCUGACGCAAUACGCUGUCAGAAAAUCAUCAGAUGUCGAGAAUUUUAUGACGUCAGUUGAACGAGUUAUGGCCUACACCAAACUUGACUCAGAGCCUGGAUACAAAGUGGACAGAAUUCCCCCCGAACAAUGGCCUCGCGAAGGAAAUAUCAUAUUCCGCAAUGUGUCGUUAACUUAUUACCCGGGGGGUCCUCAAGCACUGAAAAGCAUCGAUCUUGACAUCAAAGGAGGCUCAAAGAUCGGUGUUGCAGGACGGACGGGCGCGGGGAAAUCAUCUUUUGCAGCAGCUCUAUUGCGCAUGCCCGAUCCUGACGGAGAGAUUCUGGUGGAUGGAGUGAAGAUAAAGAAUAUCAGUCUCCAAGCAGUUCGAGGAUGUAUCUCCACCCUUGGCCAAAUUCCGCUGCUUUUCAGUGGAUCGUUGCGGAGAAAUCUGGAUAUUGUGCAGCGCUUCCAAGAUGCGGAUCUGUGGCAAGUUUUAGAGGAUGUGCAGCUGAAAGGUUUCGUGGAAAGUCUUGAGGGACAAUUGGAUUACGAAUUGUCGGAAAAUGGUGCAAAUGUCAGUGUAGGAGAACGACAGUUGAUUUGUUUGGCUCGUGUGCUGUUGCAGAAGAACAAGAUCAUCAUCUUGGAUGAACCCACUGCACACGUGGAUCCAGGGACAGAAGAAACAAUCUGGAGAGUGGUGCGAGAGAAACUGAAAGACUGCACAGUAAUAACUAUAGCUCACCGUCUGAACACUAUCCGACACUGUGACAAGGUUCUUGUUUUCAAGGAGGGAGGGGUGGUGGAGUCCGGAACGUUAGACGCGUGA